AACGGUCCGCCACUCCACCGGCAGCUCCAACUCCAGGUUAAGUCUGUUGGAGAGCUUAGUCUGCAUGACUGCCGAUCCCAUAUCGUUGUGCUUUUGGAUUUGUUUGCAGCCCGACCGCUAUGUCCCCGGCUCCCCCAUCUUCCGCGAGACCAGCAGCCCAACGCCCCACCCCGCCCUCGCGGGGCCUAUAACAUCGCCGCCCACUUCAGCCUCCUCCUCCACCACCAACUCGUCCACCAGCACCGCCGCCGAUAGCACCGCCAGCAGCACCAUCACCGCACCGGGAGCAGGAACAGUAGCAGGAGCAGGAACUGCAUCUUCCAGGAGCCGAGGAGCCAGAGCCAUGACGGCAUCUCUUGCUCAUGCCGCACAGGGUAACCACAACAACAAUAGCAGCACCAGAACCACAUCCAACUCCAACUCCAACAGCAGCUCCAGCAGCGGAAAGUCCAAGCCACCGGCUGGUUACAUGAGCACCCGAUCGGCGGCGAUGAUGGCCUUGGCAUUGGGACAAACACCGGGUGGAAGGAGCGAAAAGUCACCGCAAGCUCCACGAGCCGCAUCACCCGCCCAGUCGCAAUCCCAAUCCCAGUCCCAGUCCCAAACGCAGUCACCACAUCCCGGUGCUACCAGAAGGCUAUCGAAUGCCUCUUCCCUACCCAGCAAUGUGUCCAGAUCCAAGCCAUCGACGCCGACGGCGACCAGGGCGGCAGCUCAGCUCAAUGGUUCGGGUCUCUUUUCCGGCGGCAGCAACUCCAGCGGCUCCGACAACGAUGGAUUCAGUGCGUCCGGCUCCUCGGCGGCCACUGCCCUGCGGCGUUUGUACUUCAAGAGCGGACGCAGCAUCAAGAACAAGAUCAAUGCCUCGACCACGUCGUCGACUCCACUGAAUGGUCUACCCCUGAAUCCGGUGUCCAGUGCCUAUCACAACUCCGUUGGUGGACCCAUGCACAAUAUGACGACGGCAGGCGGAGUGCCAAAGCUGGUGGUGAUGGGCACCUCAUCAGCCUCGAUUCCGGACACCACCAUUAACACGUCCACGGACUCCGCCUGCACGCUCAUCACGAAUGUGACCCACACGGAUACCUCGGAGACGUGCGACUCCCUGGACAUGGGUGACAACUCGGGUCCCAGUGAGCCGCUCUUCAGCUCGCUGGAGGAACCACUGCUCACCGCCGUCCACAUCGAUUCGGAGCACGAGGGAUUCGGCGGCAUGGGCUGCGGCAGGGGAGGCACCAAUGGACGCGGUGCCACUGAGCUGGAACUAACGAGCUGUUCAAGGUAUCCGCCCAGGCCCGACAUGAAUCUCCAGGACAGCGUCGAGAGCCAGGAGUCCUGUUUGUCCAUUCUGACCGGCGAACCGUCCUCCACCACGCCACUGCUCUCCUCGCAGCGACGCCACCCGACGGGCGGUCACUUGCCGGGUAGCCAACGCCAGGAGCGGGAGCGCGAGCCCAGUACGGCUCCGCCACCCACUCGAGUGCGGGAGCACUUCACCUUCGAUCCCCCGCAGUCACCGAAGUCGGCGCGCAGCAGCGAAAAGUCCACUAGCCACUUUUCCUUCAAGAACUAUGGUAAUGAGUCAGCUAAAGACACCGGAGUGGGCUCGGGCGCAGGAUGUGGAGCAGGAGUGGGAGGAGGAGGAGGACCUGGAUCCGGGGUUGGAGGAAACGGAGUUAUGGCCGCCAGUGAAGGCGACGAGGAGGAUGACGAGCGCAGCGGCGACAGCAUUGGCAAUCGCAGCAAGAAGCUGCGACCCCGGGAGCGAGAUCCCAACCACAUCUCGCCCAGCGUGUCGCCCUCGCACAGUCGCCGGGCAAGUCCGAAGCGGGAGAAGCGCCGGACCACGCCCAUUGCCUCCACGGGCGCCAUAUCCAAGGUCAGCUCAGCGCCGCCCACCAUGAAGGAUGUGAACUUUUUCGGUAGCUCCGGGAAGCAAAAACAGCGACCAUCGCAACAGAACAUUCCGCCGCACCAACUAUCGCCAUCGGCGCAGCAGCGCAAGUACUCCUCCAGUUCCUCGAGCGGAAGCAGCGAACGAUGCUUGCGGGAGGCCACCGGUCCCGGUACCAUGUUCCCCUUCGAUCGGGAGGCUCUGGACUACGAGCGCAUCCAGCGGGAGUGCUUUGCUCCCAGCUCCACGACGGCCAGCAACAGCAGUGAUUCGGAGGCGGAAAACUGUUCCGUGUAUGAGCGAAAAUCGGGUGCAGACAUCUUCCAGCAGUACUCGCGCUUGAGUCACCAGGAGCAACUGCAGCAGCAUUACCAGGAGCAGCGCGACUGGGAGCGCGAUCGACCGCCGUCGCGCAAGAACUCCAAGCGCAUCCGACCGGAUUCGGUGAUCCACACAACCAUACGGGAGAACCAGCAGUAUGUGCCGCAGUCGGAUGCCUUCUAUCCCCAGGCCAAGUCCUCCUCCUCGCCCAGCGAUCACUCCUACGCCGAGCUAAACAAGUUCGAGGACAUUGCCAGCAAGUUUGAGCAGAUACCGCCCAAGCAUGGCUCCGUAUCCAAUUCCGGAUCCGGUUCCCUGCUGAAUCUUCACCACAAGAUGCCCAGUCCGGGCAGCGAGUCGGCCGUCAGUCCCACGGACUCCGCACGCCGCAGAUCCUUCAAGAACAAGCAGCGCCACCAGAAGGAGGAGCACUUCUACAUCCAAACGGAGGAUCGCAACGCCGCUGGCAAUGGACCCAUCAACGUUACCGCCAAUCCCCUGGAGGCGGCCGCCGUCUGCAAGCCACGUGCCACCAUCGUCGUGCAGCAGCCCUCGUUAAGUCUGGACAAUACAGUCGAGACGCUGCUAAUCAAGAACGAGGGGGACUUCAUCAGCGUGGAGCAGGGCAAGGAGCUGGUGGCUCGCAAGCGCAACUCCCAGCAGCUGGCCCAUCCGCCGACCCACUUGCACCACCACCCCCAGAACCACGCCCAUAAUCAUCACACUCUCCAGCAGCAGCAGCAGCAUCAGCAGCAGCAACAGCACAAGCGGGACGAGAACAUGAGGCAGCUGCUGGAUGUGACCAACACGCUCACGAUUGAGGAGCUGCGCGACUUUGAGAUGCGAUAUGGCUCACCACAUCACAGCCGCUCGCAAUCGGUCAAGAUGCCCGGCAGCCGAGCAUCCGGAAGGCCAAAUCAGUUGUGUCUGCCCCAGCAGAGAUCCAGGGUGGCUUCCAUGCCGAAUACAGGCGUAGAGGAGGAGUACUACAGACUGCGACACUUCUCGAUAACCGGCAAGGGUGUGGUAAAUCGCGGUGAUUCCCUCAAGAGCCGACGCAGUCGCUCCAACAACAGCGUGGCCAGUUCCAACUCCAGCACGGAGCACUUGACCACCCAGCAGCAGUUGUCCGCCCCCGCAUCCGUAUCCGCCCGAACAUCGCUGGCUUCCAGCCGGGAGAGCAGCACUUCCAAUCCGGGCAACGGUCCCUACAGAGUCCUGAUGCUGGGAGGUCCUGCGGUGGGCAAGAGUUCGCUCGUCUCGCAGUUCAUGACGUCGGAGUACCUGCACGCCUACGACACGAGCAUCGAUCUAGGCAACUGUGAUAUACGCAUUCUAAUUGAAAAAGCCGCCGACGAUGAUGAGUCUGGCGAGAAGGCCGUUUCAGUAUUACUCAGUGGCGAAGAGUCCGAGCUGAUAUUCAUCGACCAUGGAUACACCGAAAUGACUCCGGAUGAGUGCCUGACCAACUACGAUCCGCACGGUUACUGCGUCAUCUACUCGGCCGCGGACAGGAGCAGCUUCAGUGUGGCGGAGCAGGUGCUGCAGGUGCUCUGGACCAAUCAGAACAUCGCCCAGAAGGCAGUCAUCCUGGUAUCGAACAAGGCCGACCUGGCCAGGAGUCGACUGGUCACCUCCGAAGAGGGCAAGGCCAUGGCCACCGCCUACGAUUGUAAAUUCAUCGAGACCUCGGUGGGCAUUAAUCACAACGUGGACGAGCUGCUGGUAGGUCUGUUAUCACAGAUACGACUCAAGCUCGAGAAUCCCGAAAAGUCCAGGGAUCUGUUCCGAAAGCGUUCGAUUCGCAAGUCAAAGAGACGCGCCUGCUCGCCGCUGAAUGCUGGCUGCCUGAAUGCCAAUACACCGCUGGGUCCGCUGGGGGAGGCGGUGGCCACGCCCCCGGGCAGUGCCCAAAGCAGUCCCCGCAAAUACCGUGGAUCAAGGACCUCCACCAGCCUGAAAGUCAAGGGCCUUUUGGGCCGCGUGUGGACUCGGGACUCGAAGUCGAAGAGCUGCGAGAAUCUGCAUGUACUCUAAGCACCAAAAUUAACCAAAAGUGUAACCCACAAGUUUCCUAUAGAGUAUGCAAGAUCCUAAGUUAAAGAAAAAACAGACUCGACUACUACCGGGGGUAUUAUUCCCAACUGUACAUAUUGUGCAUAAGUUUAGCUUUAAUUUACGCUAGUCAUUUCCUCCAUUAAUCAUUGUAUAUAGUUUGUCUAAAUAUAAAACUAUUAUUUGUAAUUGGUUUCUUAUGGUUUUCGUUUUCCUCUAAGCAUGAGUUGGGAUAAUUUACAAUGCUCGAAUCUGUUUGGGUCGCCUUGCCCUAGUUGCGACUGGAAUAAAUUAGUUAUAUUUUGGAUUGAAAGAAAUCAAAAUACAAAGGAAUCCAAAAAAAUAAAGCAAUAAUUUUUAAAAUGAGAAAAUAAUAUUUUACCCUUGUUCAUGGACGAAUGAAUACCAAUUGUACUGAUUUUUUGAAGAUAUGGCGCUUGGCCGCCGAAUGAAACUUAUUGUUAAUUAUAUACGUGUAGUUAUACAUUUGUAAUGGCAUUGAAUCGCAUUUUAAAAUGGCAUUAUUAUUCACAUGAAUGUUGAGUGGAUUAAAAGUUCAUAAUUUAAUUGAUCGAUUGAGAACCAGAAAAUAUAUAUUAACCACAUUGUGCAAUUUUGCUUAAAUAGACCUAGGAAUUAUGCCAUAAUUGUUAACCAAAACCCUUUUUUUUGAAUCAAAGAAGCCCAUCGUGCACCCACAAUCCGCACGGCCUAGGUUUCUCAAGUUAGUCGGGACCAUUUCAAAAUUAAUCAAAGAUAACAGAAAUAUGCAAGAAACACUAGAUUUACACACAAGGGCUACUUUUAGGUUCAUGUCAGCGUAGUUUUACAUUAAUGCAAUAUGUGAUUUUACACAAGGUCCACUAAAUCAAGAGCCUAAGCAAAACCAUUUUGUUAACGUGUGCAAUGCGACCUGCUGUAUUAAAUAUUGAGGUCGGAUAAAGAAUUUGUAGAUUUUUAACUAUUAAUGUGAACACUAGAACGAACACUAGUAGUGUAGGGCAAAACACACACCCAUUCCAUAAAAAUCUAGAUGUCCAUUAAAUGUAUUAUAAAUGUCCAUUAAGUAUUAUAAUCACCAACAAUUGCAGCACAAUGGAAUUUAACGGAUUGGUGUUCUAACGAAUAUCAUGGGAUUGGAAUAAUUGGAACAUUGAAGGAAAACCUUAACAAUACGUGCAUCCUAAAAUGUGCGUAAAAUAUCCGAUACAAACCAGAUAGUUAAAAUAUUUAUAGCUGUAAUUGAUUUUUGUCCAGAAGUCUGUGUAUUAUUCUCGCUCAACAUGAAUAUGAAUUCGAGCCGAAAACUAUAUAGGAAAGUGAUAAAGCACACUUGAUUUUGCACAGUUUGUCAUACCUUGUAUAAGGAAAAGCGAAAGUCAGCCAUAAAUGUAAGAAGCAGCAGAGUGGUGAGAAGUUAUCAAUUGAAUGCAUGUUUCAAUUUUUCCGCUCCGAUAAUAUAUGUCUAAUGAGUGUAUAUUAAAUGUGAAAAGUUCAACUUA